AGAUGAAUAAUUAAAUAUAUGCUAAAAAAUCAACGGUGUCAAACAUUUUAAAACGAAGGGAGUACUAUAUAUAUCAUAUAUAUCUAGUGCGCAUCGAUCCCUAGUGGAGUGGUAGCACAUGCCCCAGAGAGGCGCACACACCAGUGCAGCAAUGAGAGGCUAACCGAUCAGAUCAUCAAGCUCAAGCAAGCUAAAAUCAAUGAUCGAUGACGUGCCUAAGCAACAGUCGCCAUGGAUGCUGCCUUUUUGUUCGACCGAUGCUGGUGCUGGUGAUGGUGCUGGAGCUGACGAUAUUGAUUCCGCCGGCUAGCUGUCUUGCAAGUCCGGUUCGGAACAUCUCGGCCAUCUUCAUCUUCGGCGACUCGACCGUCGAUCCAGGCAACAACAACAACCGCCUGACGCCGUCCAAGGCCAACUUCCCGCCGUACGGCCAGGACUUCCCCGGCGGCGUGGCCACAGGCAGGUUUUCCAACGGGAAGGCCAUGAGGGACAUGAUAGCUUCAAAAUUGGGUGUUAAGGAGCUAAUUCCUCCUUAUCUCGGCGAUGGUCUUCAACUUGAUGAUCUACUCAGUGGGGUAGCAUUUGCUUCUGGGGGCAGUGGAUAUGACCCUCUCACUUCUAAAAUAACGACCGCGAUAUCAAGUAGUCAGCAGCUUCAAUUAUUCGAGGAAUAUAAGGAGAAACUAAAAUCAUUGGUUGGAGAAGAGGAUAUGACACAAGUUGUCGCAGAAGCCGUCUACUUUACCUCAAUGGGGGGAAAUGACCUUGCAAACAAUUACUUCUUAAUUCCUUUUAAACAGCAUCAGUAUGACCUUGGUUCUUAUGUGGACUUCCUUGUAUCUUUAGCAGUCAACUUCACAUUGCAACUGAAUCAAAUGGGUGCUAAGAGGAUUGGAUUUUUUGGAAUUCCUCCAGUUGGUUGUAGCCCUUCACAAAUAAUCCUCGGAGGACAUCCUUCAGAAAAAUGUGAUCCAGAACGAAACCAUGCGUCAGAGCUAUUUAAUUCUAAAAUGAAAAUGGAGAUAGCUCGACUAAAUGCAGAACUGAACAUUUAUGGGCUCAAAUUGGCUUAUAUGGAUUUCUACCGCUAUCUGCUAGAACUUGCCCAAAAACCAGCUCUUUAUGGUUUCAAGGUUGCAGCUGUGGGAUGCUGUGGUAGUACCUUGCUCGAUGCUAGCAUAUUUAUUGCAUAUCACACUGCAUGCCCAAAUGUCCUUGAUUAUAUUUACUGGGAUGGCUUCCAUCCCACUGAAAAGGCCUAUAGCAUUGUGGUUGAUAAUAUGAUGAGGGUAAUUAAAGAGCAUUUGAUGUGAAGGGGAUAAUACUAUCAUAUAUUGUUAGUGAUAUGUCCUAGAGGCAAUCAUAGAGAUGAUUGUAUCACAUACUAUGUUUUCAUAUUUAUCCGACAUUCACUGGUGGAGAAACCAUCUUUCGUCGGUCGGCCGAAUUCCACAAUAGU